GUUAGAGUGAGCAUCCGGGUGGGGGAUCCCUGCCAGGGGCUGAAGCCCAGUUGACGGUAGUGCUCUUUCUCACCAGCAGCACUGCUCCUAGGCCGCAUUCUGCCACCAUGAAGCUGCUUGCAAUGGUCGCACUGCUGGUCACCAUCUGUAGCCUGGAAGGAGCUUUGGUUCGGAGACAGGCAGAGGAAUCAGAUGUGCAAGGCCUCUUCAGUCAGUAUUUUCAGAGCAUGGCUGACUAUGGCAAGGAUUUGGUGGAGAAGGCCAAGACCUCGGAGAUUCAGAGCCAAGCCAAGGCUUACUUGGAGAAGACUCAAGAGCAGCUGACACCCUUUGUCAAGUCAGCUGGAACGACUCUGAUGAGCUUCUUUAGCAGUUUAAUGAGCCUCGAGGACAAACCAGCUCCUGCAGCUAAGUGAGAUGGGUCAGGACCCGUCUUCCGACCCAGUUGUCCCGCUGGCCACUGCGAGAGCCCUUCUCCCUACUUUCUGGCCGUUUUCUCCAAUAAAUUGAGGAAGGAGUUAAA